CGCAGCCCCGGGGCUCCCUCCGGGCUCGGCACCUUCUCGCCCCGUCCCGGCCGCGCUGUCCCGGGGCCCGCCCGGAGCCCCUGGUGGCCACCGGCUCCUCCCGAGGGCUUCACCCGGAGCGCGGCCCCCCUGUCCCCGAGCGCCCCGGGCCCCUCCCGCGGCCCCUCCGGCGGCGCCGAGCGCUCCCUCCUUGCCCGGUCCCCCGCAGGACGGAGCGGCCGGGCCGGAGAACAAUAGCGGCGCUGGAACAAUGGAGCGGCCGCCGCUCCCCGCCUAGGGAUGCGGGCCGGACGCGGGGCAGCCAUCCCAGCCCAGGAGUAGCGCCGGAUCCGCGGCUCGGGGUGCCCGGGCUGUGCUGGCUGCCGGGGGUCCCCGGGCUGCCCUGACCCCCCCGUGCCCCCGCCCGGCUCCCCCCAUGCCCGCCCGGCCCCGCCAUGGAGCUGCCGGGGGGCGCCGUGCCCUGCGGCAAGGACAGGGUCAUCUCCAGGAAUGAGCUGCUCCUGCACCUCAAGACCUACAACAUCUACUACGAGGGGCAGAACCUGCAGCUGCGGCACCGGGAGGAGGAAGGGGAGCUGAUCGUGGAGGGGCUGCUGAACAUCUCGUGGGGGCUGCGCCGCCCCAUCCGCCUGCAGAUGCAGGACGACAACCAGCGCAUCCGCCCGCCGCCCUCCUCCUCCUCCUGGCACUCGGGCUGCAACCUGGGCGCCCACGGGUCCGUGCUGAGGCCCAGCACCCUGCCGGACAUCCAGGUGACAGAUGGGGACACUGGCACCGAGAAUGCUGGGAAUGGCCCAGGCAGAGCCCCCGAGAGCGGCGCAGCCCCCCGGGCCGAGGAGGCCCCGCAGCUGAUGCGGACGCGCAGCGAUGUCGGCGUGCGGCCCCGCACGGCCGGCGAGCAGCGGCGGCUGCGGCGGCACCGCUUCUCCAUCAACGGCCACUUCUACAACCACAAGACCUCGGUGUUCACGCCCGCCUACGGCUCCGUCACCAACGUGCGCAUCAACAGCACCAUGACCACGCCGCAGGUGCUCAAACUGCUGCUCAACAAAUUCAAGAUCGAGAACUCAGCUGAGGAGUUUGCUCUGUACAUGGUGCACACGAGCGGAGAGAAGCAGCGGCUGCGCGGCAGCGAUUUCCCGCUGCUGGCCCGCGUGCUGCAGGGCCCCUGCGAGCAGGUGUCCAAGGUGUUCCUCAUGGAGAAGGACCAGGUGGAGGAGGUCACCUACGACGUGGCCCAGUACAUCAAAUUCGAGAUGCCCAUCCUCAGGAGCUUCAUCCAGAAGCUGGAGGAGGAGGAGGACCGGGAAGUGAAGAAGCUGAAGCACAAGUACUCCAUCCUGCGGCUGAUGAUCGAGCAGAGGCUGGAGGAGAUCUGCGAGGGCCCCACGGCCAUGUGAGCGUCCCUGGGAUGAGCUGCACCAAAUCCCAGCCCCAAAACGCUCCUGGUGCCCCCCCGGGUGGCCCCAACCCCGAGCCAAACCCCCUCCCACGCCCUCAUCCCUGCAGAAUCCUCGGGGGGCUCCUCCUAGGAAGGCUCUGGCUGGCGGCAGCUUCAGCCAAAACCUCAAAUCCCUGGAGAACACAGGGGAGAAAAACAAAAAAAAAGAGAGAAAAAGAGGAAAUCUGUGAGCAGCACUGAGGCAAAAUGCCCAUCGUGGCUCCCCUUGAGGGUCCUGCUGCUCAAGAGAGGAGAGCACAAAAAAAAUUCCUCUUUAUUUUUUAGAGAGAAGCACAUUCCUGCCCUAUCACCGCAAUAAUUCCCAGGUGUCGGGAGGAUUUUGUCAAUCCCAAGGCUUGGCUGAGAUUUUGGGGGGGUUUAACCCUGACCUGGGGGCUCAUGGGUGGGUUUCCAGCCCAGGAGAAAAUCCCAUUUUUUCCCCAAGGCUGUGGCUGUGGCGUGGCCCCUCUGUGCCCCCCGUGAUUUGCACUAACAUUUCGGGAUUUUGGAGAAAACCUCGAUGUCAAAGCUCUCUGGUAGCUGUAAAUGCCAAAUAGCACCUCCAGGGCUCUGCAUGGGAAAGGGGGAGAGGCAGGAGGAGGGGGAGGCAGAAAUAAAGAGGAUUUUGUUUUCCAAAUCCAUUUUCUAGCCAGGAAAUGAUCCUGGUGGAACCAGGACCUGGAAAAACCUCCUUCCUCCCAGGCUAAACCAGCAAUACCCAUUUUAUACCUCGAUGUCAACUAAACCUCUGACUUUCUCCCCCUUCCCUUUGAGUUUUUGCAAUGCAUCUUUGUCUUUUUUUUUUUAAUUUUAAUUUUAAUGGUACAUUUUCCACCUUUAACUCACGUUGGGGAAAGUGUUGCACAGCGAGAGGAGCUUUGGGUGUGUUUGAAGGAUGAUUGUGGCACUGCUGCGUGGAUUAACAAGGAAAUAAAAUAAAAGAAAAUGGAAUAUGUAGCAGCUUCAUGCAGAAUGAAA